CUACCACGGCCACGGCGGUAGCUACAGCUGUCGGCUGAUCAUAGUUAAGCGUUCGGUGCGGACGGCGCAGGCAUGGAGGCUUCUUCCGGCUUGCAGACCGACUGCGAGACGCUGCUGAGCCGCUUUCAGGAGAUGGACAGUGUACGCUUCGAGGACUUCUCGGCGCUCUGGAGGAAGAUGAAGUUUGGGACGCUCUUCUGUGGCAAAAUGAGAAAUUUAGAAAAGAACACAUUUUCAAAAGAAGCCUUAGCUUUGGCAUGGAGAUACUUUUUACCUCCUUACACUUUCCAGAUUAGAGUUGGUGCUUUAUAUCUGUUAUAUGGAUUAUAUAACACCCAGCUGUGCCAGCCAAAACAAAAGAUCAGAGUUGCACUAAAGGAUUGGGAUGAAGUUUUAAAAUUUCAGCAAGAUUUGAUAAAUGCCCAACAUUUUGAUGCAGCUUAUAUUUUUAGGAAGCUACGACUAGACAGAGCAUUUCACUUUACAGCAAUGCCUAAAUUGCUUUCAUAUAGAAUGAAGAAAAAAAUUCAACGAACUGAAGUUACAGAGGAAUUUAAGGACCCGAGCGAUCGUGUAAUGAAACUUAUCACUUCUGAUGUAUUAGAGGAAAUGCUGAAUGUUCAUGAGCAUUAUCAGAACAUGAAACGUGUAAUUUCGACUGAUAACUCCAAACCAGACAAAGCCCUCAGCUUGAUAAAGGAUGAUUUUUUUGAGAAUAUUAAGAACAUAGUUUUGGAACAUCAGCAGUGGCACAGAGACAAACAGAAUCCACCCUUAAAAUCAAAUCUUAAAGAUGACGAAAAGAGAGAAGGAAAUGCACAAGAACCACAGCGUUGCAGAAAUUCUCACUCACUGGGUGUUCUUAGGGGCAGGGCAUUCUUUGUGACAGUUCUAGCAUCCAAGUCAAGACGGCAUCGUCAAGUCCGACUUGACUCUUCUGCCUCUGCCUCUGCCUCUGCUUCUGCCUCUGCCUCUGCCUCUGCCUCUGCCUCCCAUCAAGGACAAACCAGAGCAAAUCAGAAGAAAAGAGCCAAGCCAGCACCGAAGUCGGCAGGGAGGAAGGUGUCUGCCAGGAGUAGAGGUAUUGUUUAA